AUGACGUCGAUGACCUUUGGGCAGAAAAAGUUCAUUCCCACCGCACCGGAAAAGGGUAGCUUCCCGCUGGAUCACGAGGGUCAGUGCAAAAAGCUGAUGCUGUACUACAUGCGUUGUCUGCGGGCUAACAACGAUGACAACUCCGCCUGUCGACAGGAAUCCAAAGACUACCUGCAGUGCCGCAUGGACAACAACCUGAUGGCCAAGGAGGAGUUUUCCAAGCUGGGAUUUGGUGAUCUUGAGGGUACGCAGAAGAAAGGGGAUAAGUGA